GGGAGGGAGGGGGGAGAAGGAGUGGUGGCAGGGGAAGGUGGUGGUGGUGGAAAGGGAUUUCUGAUUUUUUUUUUAAUAAUUAAAAAAAUAAUUAACCUAUUAAUAGCACUUACAAAAAUUCGGUCAUCAACAGGUAAUAGACCUCUAUUGGAGAAGUAGGGGUAUAAAGGUUGGAUUUUUAAGGAAUAAAUUGAAGGUUGGAUUUUGUGAGGAAAAACUGCGAAAGGUUGAAUUUUUCUUUUCCAUUUUCCCAAUAAAGUUUGUGUUUGAAAAUAACCCAACGAAUCAAAUCUAAUUCACUUCUUCAAAAACCCUCCUUUCCUCUUUCUGGGUUCCUUCCUUCUUCUUCCUCUUCAUCUUUUAAUAAACAAUUUUAUAUUUUUUUGAUCAGUUCAACAAACAAUUUCAAGGUUUGAUUUUUAUGGAUUUUUACAGCUUCAGAUGUUCGUCAGCUUCUUCCAUUGCUUCCCAGCCGUCCGAUCCUUCCAUCUUCAACGCUUCUGAUUUCAACAAUUCUCUUUCUUCCAGAUUUACCCCUUGGUUUCGUUACCUCCAGUUUAGUUCUCCGAAAUAGUAUUUUCCGGUGAUUAUUUGACGUCCUUUAGGUUUUUAUUGUUGUAGAAAGCGGAGACUUAUCAGAGGCGCUAUUUAUUUCAAGGGUAUUAUUUAGUUUGUGGAGGGAAAAUCAGCUCCCGGAUAGAUCCUUGCUACUUGGUUUGAGAGUUUGACUGAUAUGAUUGCGAGCAAGGGUGAUCCGAAGAUGUCUCAGAGACGUGGGAAGACUUCUGGUUGGGCUGCUUUUGACCAGCAGCAAAGGAAGAACGACAAUCCUGAUGACCGGCCUAGUAAUGAGGCGUUUCCUUCACUUUCUGGUACAGUUCAACCUGAAAAAACAUUUUCAAGAAACGAGCAACGCCAAGUGAAAUCAUUCUCAUCAGUUAUACUGCCUUCACUAGAUUUUCCAGCUCCUUUAAAAGAAGACUUGAAUGGCAAGUCUUCUGGAAUUAAUAGCUCUGUAGGGCCUCAGAUCAGUCAGAUUUCUCUGAACAACAAUAACGAUUUGGUCUCUAGACAGCUUAAAGAGCUAUUCGACUGGGCUGAUGAUAGUUUGAUUAAGGAUAUAAUUGCUGCUGCAGAUGGUGACUUUGACAAAGCGUCAUCCUUUUUGAAAGCCAUGGUUUAUGACCAGAGUUCACCGGAACAUGAGAAUGUUGUAAUGAAAAGUUCUAGCUUUAGUAAUAUGGAACCAGUGACCAAUGGAAAAUUGAUACCUGCAAAAAGAGAUGCUUCCUUGAAACAUAUGUCUGAAUCUGCCACGACGUGGUCUGUUCUGAAGCCAUGUGUUGGUAAUAACUUCGAAAAUGUGACGAAUGAUAUUACUCUUUCUGCUGGAAAGCUAUUUGAUGAUUGUAUGGAAUCCAAUGCAAUGCUGGGUCAGUUGACAUCUGUGCCUGUUGAGCCUGAGUGGGAAGAGGAUGAUGUGUACUUAAGCAGCCGUAAAGAUGCAAUAAAGAUGAUGAGGGCUGCUGCACGUCAUUCCAAGGCAGCAACUAACUCGUUUUUAAGAGGUGAUCACAUCUCUGCCCAACAGUUCUCUCUAAAAGCGCGGGAGGAAUGGGAAGCUACACAAAGUCUAAACGCAAAGGCUGCUUGUGAUAUUUUGAGCAUACGAAAUGAGAAUAAUGGAAUCUGGAGGCUGGACUUGCAUGGUCUUCAUGCGUCAGAAGCAGUCCAAGCAGUGAAGGAACGCCUGCAUAUGAUUGAGACCCAAAUGCUGUCUGAGGGUUCAAGGUCCUCAGAACUUCCAAACAGAUUCAGGACCAAAACGGAAGAAUGGUGUGCUUCAUAUCCUGAUGGCUGCAAUAAUUUGGAAAAGCCAGACAAUCGUGCAUUAAAUAGGCUGAAGCCAAUAUGGUUGGAAAUCAUAACAGGCAUAGGAAAUCAUAGCCGGGGUGGGGCUGCACUUCCAACCGCCGUGAGGACCUUCCUUGCUGACAAUGGGUAUCGAUUUGAUGAAGCAAGGCCAGGAGCAAUUAUGGUCCGACCUAAAUUCCGUCUCAGUUAAAGGGUCCUCUAUCUUACAACAGCCUCCUAAAUGAUUGCAGUGUUCCAAUAAACACCUUCAUUCAUGUCAGUUACUUGGAUUCAGUGACAUGGCAUACUAGUAUUUUAAAUUUUUUAUACCUGAAAAUUCUGUUUUGUUUGUAAGUUAGUUAGGCUAAUUUAUAUGUGUUCCCCCUCAUAAUGUAAAAGCUAAUUUGUAUAUUCCUUAUUCUUUUGAUAAUUUGAGUUUCUAGUUCAUUCUUCAAUUCAA